AUGCUGUCAUCGCGCGCCGGAGUACUGUCUAUACGGUGGCUUUCGGCAAGGCAACUAGUAUAUUCCGAAUAUGGGAAUCCUUCAAAGGUUAUUCUGAAGUUGGAGACUGUUUCUCUACCUGAUACACCCCCGGCUGGUUAUGUUCACGUAAAGUGGCUUGGCGCUCCUAUCAAUCCAGCGGAUCUGAACAUGAUUCAAGGUGUAUAUGCGGUCAAGCCAUCAAUUCCAGCUGUUGGAGGUAACGAAGGUUACGGCCGUGUAGAAAAGGUUGGUAGCGGUGUAACAAGCCUUCGUGUUGGAGACCACGUCAUUUCUGUGAAAGCUGGAUAUGGAACGUGGAGAAGUGACGGUCAUCAUAAAGAAGUUGACUUGUUUCAGAUAGAUAAUACAUUGUCUCACGAACAUAGCUGCAGCAUUCAGGUGAACCCACCAACAGCGUAUCGAAUGUUAAAGGAUUUUGUUGUUUUAAAACCUGGUGAUACCGUGAUUCAGAAUGGAGCGAAUUCUGCUGUUGGAAGGGCAGCGAUUCAGAUUUGCCGUUUGCGCGGAUUUCGUUCUGUUAAUGUGGUUCGGCAAAGAGACGAUAUGGCAACUCUUGUCGAUGAACUAAAAGGUCUUGGAGCGAACGAAGUUAUCACUGAAGAUCAACUUAGUUGCAGUGGAAAGAUAAAGGACGUAAAAUUGGCGCUAAACUGUGUGGGCGGUAAGUCGACGUUAUUGCUUGCCUCUACCUUGGGAUUUCGUGGAUGUAUGGUGACGUAUGGCGGUAUGAGCAAAAUGCCUCUGCAGGUAGACGAAAUCCAUUGCAAUUUUUUUUAUCACCUACAUUAUAGUCCGUUUAUUUUCAAUGAUAUUCGCUUGACAGGUUUCUGGAUGUCACGGUGGUAUGAAGAUCCUGGAAACUUGGAGGAGCGUAAACGAAUGUACACAGAAUUAUGCGCUUGGAUGAAAGCUGGCGAAUUACGACCACCUCAGUUUCAGAAACGCCGCUUCGAAGAUCAUACUGAAGCUCUUGAAGCGGCUGCUGUAGAUUUUACCAAGAAACAGUUGUUCGUUCCCUAG